ACGCCACACCCCUCUCGCCCUCUCGCCACCCUCUACACACAUCGUCACACAUGACAAGACCACCACCACGAAGCAUACACCUGCUUUCCUUUGUCGCUCUCGCCUUUGCUCUCGCCUUCCUUCUCCCCGUCGUUGCUGCAACGUGCGGCAACGGAGCCAUCGAAGCAGGGGAGACUUGCGACGAUGGAAACACAACACCCGAUGAUGGGUGCGCCGCCAACUGCACUGCCGAGCCCGGGUGGACCUGCCCGCACCCCAACACCCGAUGCCUUCCCAACGCCUCGACGUUCGCCGGGCGGACCACGACAACUGUCGCCGUCCUCGUUCUCUUGGUCGCCAUCUUUGCGCUCUGCUGCGGAUGCUGUAUGAAGUGGUGGGGCGGCGGUUCCGGUGGAGCAGAGUCGCGCCGCGCCGCUGCCAACCAGCGCGCCCUACAGGAGGCCCUGCUGGAGAACAUGGAGGAUCUGGCUGGCGAGCGUGAUGUCGCUGAUGACUACUCGUCCGAUGAUGACAACGAUGACAUUCGUGCCUCGCUCGCCAUGCCCUCCGGCACCAACCUUGCUACCGGUGACGACACGGACUUUAGCGAGUACGGUAUCCGCGAUGUCGAGCCCGAGCUCCUCGAGGUUGGCGACCACACCGUUUUCCGCAAGGCACCCGUCGCCAUUCGUUUCAUCGGCGAAACAGAGUUUGGCGAGGGCGAGUGGGUUGGCGUUGAGCUCCUCAAGGGCAAGGGCAAGCACGACGGCCGUGUCCAGGGCCGCCGCUACUUUUCUUGCGAUCGCCCAGGCAAGGUUGCCCUCUUCUGCCGACGCAGCGCCCUCGGCCUCAAGCGCAAGAAGGACAAGGACCGCGCCGCAAAACGUGCCGCAGAGCACCGCCCACGUUCAUCCCAUCGCGCCACCCGCCACGCCUCGCGUCGCUAGUACAUACAACUACCCCUCCCCCAUCCAUCGCCUACCUGCCGUCAGCGCCGCGCAACGCGGCACGGCACGCGCAACACUGAUCGAAACUUCCACAGAGCUCUCUCGUCCCGGC